AUGGCUUUUGUUCUUGUGAUAGUCAUGGUUGAAGCAGUAGCAACUGCAGCAGCUUCUGCAAUAGCAGUUGAAGCAUACAAGGAAGGGCGUAGCAUUUGCUACAUCAGUAAAACAAAAGAGUAUGCUGACAAAUUUGAGGUUAAUUUUAAGGAGUUGACCAAACAAGCACAAACGCUUUCUAAAAGACAGAAAAUUGUAGAGACAGAAAUAAAGGAAAAAAAGAUGAAGAGUGAGGAAUGUGAAGGUUGGAUUGGCAAGGUCGAGGUGGCUGAAGAAGAAGUGCUCCAAUUGGACAGCAAGUACAAGAAAGAAAUCAAGCAUGCUUGGAGAUUCCCUCGGUUCUGGUCACGUGCAAACCUGAGCAAGCAUAUGGCCAAAAAGCAUGAGGAAUUACAAGACCUGAUAAAAGAAGGAAAGCUCGAUAAUGGGUUGGUAGCUGAAAGACCCCCGGAGCCCGUGAUAGUCAUAGAUGCCCCUAGGACCGAGGAUAAGCCUUCACUACACGAGACCGUUGAAGAAAUAUUGGGUUUUCUGAGAGAGAGAAACGUCAAAAGGAUCGGACUCUGGGGAAUGGUUGGCAUUGGGAAAACCACAGUCAUGCAGAAUUUGAAUAAUAAUGAAGAGGUUAAGAAAAUGUUUGAUAUUGUCAUUUGGGUAUCAGUGUCGAAGGCGGGGAGCAUUGAGAAGGUGCAAGAUGCAAUCACACGACGUUUGAAGCUAAAAGUGGAGGGCGGAGUCAACGCAGUUGAGACUGCUCAACUUAUAUCAAAUGAGUUGGGAGGCAUGAGGUACUUACUUCUCCUUGAUGAAGUUUGGGAUCCUCUCGAUCUGCAUGAGAUAGGUAUUCCUAAUAAUGACAAGGACAGCAGGGUGGUAAUUGCCAGUAGAUUCUUCGAGUCAUGCCGUAAAAUGAAUGCCGAUGAGCUUGUCCAUAAGAAGCGUUUAUCCAAUUCUGAUGCAUAUAAAAUGUUCGAAGAAAAAGUCGGUCGAAGUAUCAUAAAUCCAAACAUCGUACCAAUAGCAAGACUCAUGGUUAGAGAGUGUUCUGGUUUGCCACUAUUGAUCGAUAAAGUGGCUAGGACUUUCAGGAAUAAGAAGAACAUUCACCUCUGGAGAGAUGGAUUGAGAAGCUUGCGAAGAUGGUCCAGUAUCCAAAGUGACGGCCUAGAUGAAGUGCUCGAGUUUCUACAAUUCUGUUACGAGGAUUUAGAUGAGAAGGAUAAAAAGGAUUGCUUUCUUUAUGGAGCAUUAUUUCCUGAAGAGUGCGACAUAUUUGUGGACUAUCUGAUGGAAUGUUGGAAGGCAGAGGGAUUUCUUCAGAACAUGGAUGAGUUUAGAGAUGCACGCGGUAGAGGGCAUAAGAUAUUGGAGGAUCUAAUUAAUGCAUCUUUGUUUGAAGAAGGUGCGAUGAAGGAACAUGUCCGAAUGAACAAAGUAAUUCGUAAUAUGGCGCUUAAAAUCUCAUCACGAGGCCUUGACCAUAAGUUCUUGGCAAGAACAUGCGAGGGGCUAAAGGAGGCCCCAAAGGAAAAAGAAUGGGCUUGUGCAAGUCGAAUUUCUUUGAUGGAUAAUGACUUGCACAGUCUACCAGCAACACCAAAUUGCAUAAAUCUUUCGACUCUACUCCUGCAAAGAAAUUACAAUUUGAUGUUGAUCCCAGAUAACUUCUUCUUCUCUAUGCAAAGACUCCGAGUCUUGGACUUGCACAGAAGUGCGAUCGCAUCCCUUCCACCUUCUUUGUCUUGCUUGACUGGUCUUAGGGCACUCUACUUGAAUUCAUGCACGCUUUUAACAGAACUGCCUUCAAGCUUAGGGGCACUGGUGCAUCUAGAGGUACUAGACAUCCGACGCACCGGAAUCAUCUCUUUACCUAUUCAAGUUAGAUGUUUAACACAGAUGAGAUGUUUACGGAUGUCAUUGUCAAAUUUCGGCACCAGAAGCAUAAUAUCCGAGGUGAUUUCAAGCCUUUCAUUAUUGGAAGAACUCAUCAUCGAUGUAGACCCAAACACUUCGUGGUCUGAUCAGGUCGCAAGGACUAUCAUGGAGGAGGUUUCUAUCUUGACACGGUUGACUUUGCUAACAUUUUCCUUUCCUAAGGUGGAGUGCCUCGAAAUCUUCAUCAGAUCAAGCCGUGUGUGGAAGAAUGUGCACUUCACAUUCCAAUUUUCAGUCGGCAUUUGCAAUUCGGUCAAGCAUCAUAUUCUUGAUUAUUUUGAAUAUCAAUCGUGCAAGUUCUUGAAGUACGCAAACCAUGAAGCCGUACAUCCUGUGAUCUCAGAAGUACUCACUGAGACCAAUGUAUUUGAAUUGAUUGAUCACAGGAAUAUAUCGAGCUUAUCAGAUUUCGGCACUAAGAACAUGGGUAAUCUUAGAGCUUGUUCGGUGGAGGGAUGUGAGGAUAUCAUAUGCAUUAUAGACGGCAACGUAGCACCACAUCCUACAUUCCAACGGCUAGAGAGAAUGGUUAUAAAGAAUGUCCCAAGUUUGCAUUGCAUUUGGAAUGGUCCUGUGCCCCUGGGAAGCUUAGGUUGGAUGACCAGUUUAACCUUGUACAAUUGCCCUAAGCUGAAGAAGAUCUUCUCAAAUGGUUUGAUUGAGCAAUUAGCCGAACUUCAGCAUUUGAGUGUCGAAGAGUGCUACGAAAUUGAGGAGAUCGUCAUUGAAUCCGAGAAUACUUCUUUGGACCCAAGAACACUUCCAAGACUGAAAAAGCUAGUACUUCAUGAUCUUCCGAAAUUGAGGAGCAUUGCGCCGGAUGACUCAUUGAUUUGGUCUUCUCUAGAGAGAGUGGAGAUAGCUUCAUGUGGAUCCUUGUUGAAACUUCCCUUUUGUGGGGAAAAUGCUAUCAAUCUAAGAUAUAUUGGUGCCGAGGAAUCAUGGUGGCCUACAUUGGUGUGGCAAGACGAGGCCACCAAACAAAGGUUAAGGUCUUUGUGCAACUUUCACUCCGUAACACUUUGCUUUUUAUUCAUCUUGUUUGUUGUGAUUGGAAAAAAGACCGGAGAUCAUGUAUCAAGCCAGACUUUCUCUUUAAAAUUUAUUUGCAUGUAAAAUCUAUGGCUAUUGGUCGUGGUAUCACUGGUAUGAGGUGAUGAAAAUAAUAAUAAGGACAAUUCUAGUUUUGUUUUUCUAUGAUCAGUCCACUUGGUAGCAAUAUUAAGCUUCUUUAGUAUUGACAUACAGGAGUUGGUUCUCCUCAGGAAAUAGUGAAUUGGAUGUAGUUUCUUCUCAAUAUCAUGCGAGUUGUAUAUAUUGCCCGUUCGUCUACACGGCUACAAUCUUUAAUACAAAAUGUAAAAGUGACUUUUGAGCAUUUGAUAGGUUUUAUUAGGAUGAGGGAUGAAGAAUUGUGCAGGGCAUACAUAUUAUGUGAAUUGAGGUCAUAAUAGUUUGCCCAACAUCUUAAUUAUGUCCAUGUUGCUGCCUGCCCCUUUUCUCUUCCUUCUGUUCUUUAUUUCUA